AGAGAAUUUUGGUAUGUUUUGUUGUUUUGUCAAUCACGGUAUCCUUCAGUUUUUAAAUCUCACGGUACUAUGAAUGCAAUUGCGCAACGUAAAAUCAUACACACCUAACCAGACAAACGCAAAGUACAUGUUGUCAUGGACUACACAAAAAGUUCCCAGAUGCUGCUGGUUUCAAGUUUCAACACGGAAACUGCGGCCCUUCAUCUCACUCAACUCUUAUGUCUCUAACUCUUACCACUUGAGCUAUCGUUCGGGGACGAAACUGUGGCCGUUGAUGCAACAGCGCCACCAAUCACUCUCCUUCUCCUUCAUCAGAGCCCAAACAACUACCACACCUCGAAAUCCUAGUGACUGUGUCUACACCAAGAACCGCGAAAUCGAUGCUUUCAUAAAAUCCAGGGACCUGAACUCUGCACUUGCAGUGUUCCACACCAUGCCACUGCGUGACACUGUCACCUACAACUUGCUCAUCUCCGCGUGGUGCUUUCCACCGGAACAGGCUCUUCAUCUCUACGGCGAAAUGGGUCUGCUCGGAAUCAGAGAAACCUCAACCACGUUCUCCUCUGUUUUAGCUGUCUGUGCCCGUUCUGGGUUCCAUAGAGAAGGUGUUCAGGUGCAUUGUAGGGUGGUCAAGUUUGGAUUUUUGUCGAAUGUGUUCGUUGGUGGCACGCUUGUUGGUUUCUACUUGAAUGUGGGACUGAGGGAGGUUGCACGGGAAUUGUUUGAUGAGUUGCCUGAGAGAAAUUUGGCUGUGUGGAAUGUGUUGCUGCGUGGGUUUUGUGAACUGGGUUGUGUUGAAGAAUCGCUUAAUUAUUACUCUCGGAUGUGUUUUGAUGGUGUGGAGCCAAAUGGGGUUACAUUUUGUUAUUUGCUUAAGGUGUGCAGUAACCAUAGACGGUUGAAUGAGGGGAAGAAGCUUCAGAGCUGCAUUUUGAAGAUGGGUUUUGUGGAAUCUAACAUUUUUGUUGCCAAUGCUUUGGUGGAUUUUUACUCUGCGUGUGGGUGCUUGGUUGGUGCUAAAAAGUCUUUUGAAGCCAUUCCGGUGGAGAAUGUCAUUUCGUGGAACUCGUUGGUUUCUGUUAAUGCAGACAAUGAUUUGUUAUGUGAUGCUUUGGAGCUAUUUACUGUUAUGCAGCUGUGGGGACAGUCACCAUCCGUUCGCUCAUUGGUGGGUUUAUUGAAUUCGUGUAGCAGAGCUGAAGAAAUCGGUUUAGGGAAACAGAUUCAUUGUCAUGCUCUAAAAUUGGGUUUUGAUGAAGGGAGUGUGCAUGCCCAAUCUGCUUUGAUUGAUAUGUAUGGAAAAUGCAGCGACAUUGAGAGCUCUGUAGCUGUAUUUGAAUCCCUUACCAAGAGAACUUUAGAAUGUUGCAACUCAUUGAUGACCUCUUUAUCUCAUUGUGGUGCCACUCAAGAUGUGGUGGAGUUGUUUGGUUUAAUGAUCGAUGAAGGUCUUAUGCCAGAUGAAGUAACCUUCUCCACCACACUAAAGGCAUUGUCAGUGUCUGCUUCAGCAACCUUCACGAGCUCCCAGUUGCUGCAUUGUUUUGCAUUAAAAUCUGGAGUUGAAGGAGAUGCUGCGGUUGCUUGUUCCCUUAUGGAUGCAUAUUCUAGAUGUGGGCAUGUGGAACUUUCUCUUCAGAUUUUUGAGACCCUUUCUUCCCCAAAUGCUAUUUGCUUCACAUCUAUGAUCAAUGGAUAUGCCCGAAAUGGAAUGGGGAAACAAGGACUCGCAGUUCUUCAUGCUAUGGUUGAGAAGGGCUUAAAACCUGAUGAAAUUACCUUCUUAUGCGCAUUAACCGGGUGUAAUCACACGGGAAUGGUCAAGGAAGGAAGAAUACUAUUUGACUCGAUGAAAUCUGUUCAUGGGGUUCAACCAGAUCAGCGGCAUUUUUCAUGCAUGGUGGAUCUUCUUUGCCGCGCAGGACUUCUACAUGAAGCUGAAGAGUUACUGCUACAGACACCAGAUAAAAGAGACUGUUUUAUGUGGAGCUCUUUGCUGCGAAGUUGCAGGAGCCACAAGAAUGAAGAGGUUGGAACAAGAGCAGCACAAGUGUUAGUUGAACUAGACCCAGAUGAUCCUGCAGUGUGGUUGCAAGCUUCAAAUUUUUAUGCUGAGAUAGGGAAUUUUGAUGCCUCAAGGGAAAUCAGAGAGGUUGCUCUAGCAAGGAAGAUGACUAGGGAGAUCGGUCAUAGUUCAAUUGAGAUAAGACAGUGACGGCGGAAAAUAGAGUUCCUGAAUUGAGGAAGCAUCUUGCCCAUUAUUCACACAAGAUAAACAACCAUGACAAAUUUUUCUAUACUGAUGAAGAUGUUUCAUGAGAUGAUAAGGUCUUGUGUAUUUGGGUUAUCCUCCUAUCUAAGGGAAAGAAGAUUUCCUUUGCAAGGAGUUUUUGGGGGGCAUGCCAAGAAAAUGACGGUCCCCACUUUUGUUACCUUGUUGGGUGUAACUAACUUAUGACUUCCUAGAAUAGAAAAAUGAAAAAUAAUUUCCCCCA